AUGAUAUGUCUGAAUGAGGCAAGACUUUUGUCCUUCUCCACAGCUUACCUGGAUCCGUUAGAUGAGAAGCUGCUAGAGGAGGACAUGUCAACCCCACAGGACUCCAAGAGAUCCAGACAUCACGCCAAGAACGUGUCGUGGUUGAGAAGAACAGAGUACAUCUCCACAGAGUAUAACAGGUUCACACCCAGCAGUGAAAAGGCAGAAACAAAGAUUGGACAUAGUAUCAAGAAACAGUUCAAAGAGGAGGACAUAUACAAGGAUAGGGAGAGUCAGAUCGCAGCCAUUGAAAAGACAUUUGAAGAUGUCAAGACUCCAAUCACACAUCAUUACAGCAAGGGAGACAGGGUGCAGCCACUGGAGGUGCUGGAGUUCUUCCCUGACUUUGAAAAUUGGGCCUUCCCGUGCGCUCAGGUGAUAUUCGACACCGACCCGGCUCCCAGGGGAAAGUCUGUGCCUGCUGCAGUGGAGGAGAUGUCACAAGCCAUGAUCAGAGGUAUGGUUGAUGAGGAGGGAGACCAGUUUGUGGGAUAUUUCCUGCCUGUGGAGGAGACUGUGACAAAGAGGAAGAGAGAGGAGGAGUCAGAAGUGGACUAUAUGCCAGAGGAAGAGUAUGACUACAUGAUGGCUCGUGAGUACAACUGGAAUGUGAAGAACAAGUCCAGCAGAGGCUACGAGGAGAACUACUUUGUGGUGUUCAAGGACGAUGGCGUCUACUACAACGAGCUGGAGACAAGAGUGCGUCUGAGUAAGCGGAGAGCGAAGGGCGGGCAGGGCAUCCAGUCCAGAACCUCCCGGCUGGUCGUCAAGCACAGGGACUUCCUGGAGAAAGAGAGCGCAGCUCAGCAAAAUCGGCUGAUGAUGUUGGAGCCUCCAGUGGUGGAAGAAGAGGAGGAAGAGGAGGAGGAAGAGGCUGGCAUCAACGGGGACAAUGAACUAGGUGUUGAUGUGGAGAGUGGAGACGAGCGGAGCGGGAGUGAGAAGGAAGAUGACAGUGAUCGUGAAGAGAAGUCCGGCAGUGAGGCUGAGGGUGAUGACAGGAUGGAGGAGGGAAGCGACAAGGAGGGCAGCGAUGCAGGGAGCGGGAGCGAGAGCGAGGCUGAAGAUGAGAAUAAGGAUGAAGAAGAGAUCUUUGGGAGCGUCAGUGGAAGUGGCAGUGAGAGUGAAGAUGGUCAAAAGAGCGACUCUGGGGAGGAUAGUGACUAACUUAUACAAGAAAUCUGGACUGAAUACAAUCAAUCAUCAUCAAACAUUCUGUAUCUAUUUGGUAUACUCCAAUCCAUCUUCAGUCAUAAGGGGCAAGACAAAAAGGUUUUAGCUAACCUGCCUUUGCACUUUGGAAAUUAGGACUAUAGUCAGGCUCUGUCAAAUUGGAUUUUGAAUCUUAAAAGCAAGCAGUUUUCAAUUGUUUGCACCAUUGCUCAUUGUGUAAGUUAGGCUAAAUAUUGCAAGUUUGAUAAGUAAAGUAC